CGGGUGGUGUUGUGGGUGCCUGCGGCUAUGGCGGGAGCGCGGCUGGCGGCGGUGGAAGGGCUGGUACGGGAGCUGCUGAGGGAGGAGGCCCCGUCCCGCAUCGCCGCCCUCACCGAGGAGCUCUUCCAGGCAGCGGGGAGCAUCUCUGAGGAGGAUGGGAGCGCGGCUGAGGUUGAAGAGGGUGCAAUAAGCCUGUGGAACUGGGCUGUGACCAAACAUACGGGUUCUGUUGUCAAUGAUGAGCAAAGAGCUAAACUACGGUUUGUUGCUUGCAGACUGGUGUGCCUUUGUGAAGGCAGUGAUCCUCCGGAGGGAACUAUUCGAAGACAGAUUUUGAUGUCUAUGAAAACUGGGAAAGGAUGGAUAGAUAUUGGAAAAGCUGAUCUUGCUGACGAAUUUCUAGAGAUUGCCAUGAGUAGUAUAGAAAAACUGUAUGCAAAGUUACUUAAGGGGAGCGAUGGUGAAGCAGAUACUUCUGUGCACAAAGCUGAUGUGGAGAAGAACCUCUUCAAAGUACUCUCUUAUCAGGCUGAAUCAGCAGUUGCUCAAGGGGAUUUUCAGAAAGCGGUGAUGUGCGUGCAGCGCUGCAAAGAUAUGUUGAUGAAAUUGCCAAAAGAGGCCUGUUACCUGUCAAUCCUCUGUUACAAUUUUGGAGUGGAAACCUAUGAAUGGAAGAGGUAUGAACAGAGCUCCUUCUGGCUCAGCCAGAGUUACGACAUUGGGAAGAUGGACGUGAAUUAUUCUGUUGGCAAAGAAAUGCAGGCUAAAGUGCUGCGAUUGUUAGCUACAGCCUAUUUUGAGUGGGAUUGCAAUCUGUAUCUUGACAAGGCAUUGAAAGCUAUAAGCUUGGCAAAUCAGGAGAAUUUGCAUCCAGCAGGGUUUUUUUUGAAAGUUAAAAUUCUUCUUAAAAGCGGAGCAUCAGAUGAAGAUAUCAACUCAGCUGUUGCAGAAUUCCUGCACCAUGAGAUGUCUUUAGACUUUUGUUUGAAUACUGCCAAACUGCUGCUGGAGCAUGGAAGGGAAUCAGUUGGUUUUGAUUUUCUGAAAUCUGUUCCUGAACGAUUUGAAUCUUCACCUGACCUUGGAAAAUUUACCCUGCUCCACAUCGAGUUCCUGUUGCAGAAUAAGAAGGAGCUGCUUGCUAAGCAAAAGGUUGAAGAAAUUAUUAUAGGUCAUUAUACUGGGAAACAGCUGUUGCCUGAAGCCUUGAACCAGCUGCACAUCAUCUUGUGGGACAGAGCUGCCAAACACUAUGAGGCAAAAAGCUAUUCGGAAGCUCUUCACUGGUACAAUUAUUCUGUCAGCUUCUACAUACCUGGGCAGAUAGAUCAGAACUUGGCUAAGCUGCAGAGGAACAUGGCUUCUUGCUAUCUUCAUCUGAAACAAGUUGACAAGGCUAAAGAGGCAGUUAAAGAAGCAGAGAGGUGUGAUCCAAACAGCAUCUUUACUAAAUUCAGUGUCUAUAAGAUUGCAGUGAUGGAGAAAGAUACUAAUAAAGCUGUGGAAGCAGUUAUUGAAAUGGGAAAGCUAGCAGAAAAGCCAUCUCAACAUGAAGACAAGCUGAGAGUGGAUGAAAAUAUAGGCACUAACCUCCUGAGUUUAGCUGCCCAAAUUGCUUUAGAGAACGAACAACAAGUUGUGGCUAUCAAGGCUUUGGAGUAUUUGUCUGAACAUUUACAAGACUGCCGACAAUUAUUUGCAGCUUUAAAAUGUUUGGUUCGUCUUAUGUUGUCAAAGUUCAUGGCAGAAAAUGAAGAGAAAAGAGGUGAAGAUAUCAACUCAAUGCUGACUUACUUGACCUUGGCUCACAAGAGACUUGCUGAGUCUUUCACAGAAGAGAAAUUUACAGGGGACAUGAGGAUCCUUGAAGCUCACUGGUUUAGAAAAGUUGCUUGGAACUUAGCUGUACAGUUCAGGGUCUGCCCUGAAAAGAUGAGGGAUUUUUUCCUACUGUCUUUCAAGUUGUCCCAGUUUUGUCCUUCUGACAAAGCUGUUCUAAUUGCUCAGAAGACAUGCCUGUUGAUGGCAGCUGCAGUUGAUCUGGAAAUGGGGAGACAACAAGUAACACCUUCUGAACAGGCGGAGCUUUUGACUCAGGCCCUUCAACAUCUACAGGCAUGCAAGGAGAUAUGGAAAGUUCUGAAAUUAACAGGAGAUUUUGCUGAAGACCCAACAGACACCUUGUUGCUGCUUUAUGAAUUUGAAGCAAGAUCCAAACUGAAUGAUCCAACACUCCACAACCUUAUGGAGUCAGUGUGGGAGCAACCACAAAUAGAGGUCAAGACACUAGAAAUCAUUGCAUCAUUAGCAAUGGAAUCUCCAGCUCGGUAUCCUGUACUGUGUAAGAAAGCUCUCAAGAGUGCACUAAACCUUCACAGAACACAGACUGUCAUUGAUGCUGUGAAAUUUAGCAAAUGCUUACAUAGUUUGAUUAAUCUUUCUUUGCCGACUGGAUUAACGGACUUGGAUGCCUGUGUACUGCAGGAGGUGUGGGACUACUUUGAAGAUGCUCUGAGUGUAGUCAGCAGCACAGAUGGUUACCCAGAGAUGGAGGUCCUUUGGUUGAUGACAAGAGCCUGGAAUACAGGAAUAUUUCAGUAUACUGUUGGUAAAUAUAAGGAAGCUGAGCAGUGGUGUGGAUUAGGAAUGCGUUUCCUCAAUCACUUAGGAUCUCUGAAGAAAAGCUAUGAAGGCCAUAUGAUUGGUCUUUAUAGUGAGGUUCUGGACAAAUUGGACAGAGCAAAAGGGUUUCUUCCAAAUGGAGAAGAAUAAUGACAGCCACAACUGCAAAAAAGGAAGACAGCAGUCUCUCUUGGAAAUAUUCUGCUGAAUGAAAGGCCGUUAGCUCUGCGAAGGCAUGGGGUCAUGGGAGCAGUGGAAAAGAAACCAGGAUCUCCUUCUUGUUGGCAAUUGUUAUGUACUUUUUAGGAAGUGUUUAUUGAAUAAAAGUAAUUGUUUUUCUCUACGGAAUAAUAUUCGUUUUCUGGAGCUAUAUAACAGUUAGUAAUAAAUACUUAACUUUUUCAUGAGAUGCGUCUGUUGUGUGUAACAGGUUGGUUUAAAUACCUGAUUUUAGUAGUAAGUGGCAAUGAGAACAAUAAAAGUAUUCCAAGAUCA